AUGUCAUCUGCAUCUAGAGAACAUGUCCACCAGCUUGGUACAACACAGGCAGAACCUGAGACCAGCAUAACCAGCGUCGCCUCCACCACACAGCCUGAUGACGCACCAGCCUCCCAGUCUGCUCCAGCCCAGGUCAACCUACCAGCCUCCCAGUCUGCUCCAGCCCAGGUCAGCCUACCAGCCUCCCAGUCUGCUCCAGCACAGUGUGCUCCAGCCCAGGUCAACCUACCAGCCUCCCAGUCUGCUCCAGCCCAGGUCAGAAUACCAGCCUCCCAGUCUGCUCCAGCCCAGGUCAGCCAACCAGCCUCCCAGUCUGCUCCAGCCCAGGUCAGAAUACCAGCCUCCCAGUCUGCUCCAGCCCAGGUCAGCCAACCAGCCUCCCAGUCUGCUCCAGCCCAGGUCAGCCAACCAGCCUCCCAGUCUGCUCCAGCCCAGGUCAGCCUACCAGCCUCUCAGUCUGCUCCAGCACAGUGUGCUCCAGCCCAGGUCAGAAUACCAGCCUCCCAGUCUGCUCCAGCCCAGGUCAGCCAACCUGCCUCCCAGUCUGCUCCAGCCCAGGUCAGCCUCCCAGUCUGCUCCAGCACAGUGUGCUCCAGCCCAGGUCAACCUACCAGCCUCCCAGUCUGCUCCAGCCCAAGUCAGAAUACCAACCUCCCAGUCUGCUCAUGCCUCCCAGUCUGCGCCACCCAGACAACCAUCCACAACAGCAAUCCUUAUUGAUUCAAAUGGGAAGUUCUUGGUCCAGGAAAGAUUAUUCCCUAGACACCAGGUGUAUAAGUUCUGGUGUCCAACAACAGAGAGUGCAAUGCAGCUGCUCAGUCAGACCAGGAUUGACACCCCUGAGAACAUCAUCAUCCACACUGGCACAAACAACCUUCGUGCCAAAGGUGAAAAUGUAUCUGGGGCAGUGAGAAGAGUGGCAGAACGGGCACAGGCUAUGUUCCCAACAACCAAUAUAGUUGUGUUCACCCUCCUACCAAAAGACUUCCCAGGACAGUUGAUCGACAAAAUAAAUCAACAGAUCACUGUGGACUGUGCCUCACUGCUCAAUGUCAGAAUGGCUCACCAUCCCACUCUGACAUGUGAACACUUAUACGAUAAUGUACAUCUUGAUCAGGACAGUGUCAGAACCUUUGCUAAGGACCUUAAGGAUGCAAUACUUGGCAGGGACCCACACACCCAUCACCCCAGCAGCAGAGGCCCCCCCCGCUCCACUUUCUGAAACAACAGUACCCCCACCAUCCCCAGGAGAAAAGAGCCAGACACAGCUUAUUACAGCACAGCUCUACAAGACCAGGCCCAACACAGCACAGAUUUACCAGACCAGACCCGCCUCAGGACAGCACGACCAGACCCGUCCCAUCACAACACAGCUCUACUAGACCCGGCCCAUCACAACACAGCUCUACUAGACCCGGCCCAUCACAGCACUGACCACUACUCUAGGGUCGGGCAGAACACUGUCCUUCAGAGAAGUGGACCACAUGAUGCAGUCCACACCAUGUAUCAUUCAGAUCAUCAUCCUACAUAUGCGAAGGUAACCUCUGGCAAAACACACCUAGAACUAUCAGAGGUAGGAGAGGUGCUCCAACUACUGCAUCUAAUAUGCAGACUACUGGGAUAGACAGACCCUUUAAUUCACACACACGCACACACACACACGCGCAGGCACACACACACGCACACACACACACACACAUAUGUACAAGGGGUUGCAGAUUGCAUUGCACUUAUUUUUAGUGCAAUCUUAUUCCAUUCUUAUUGAUUUGUUUACAGCUAUUCUUUAUUUAAUUGGCACUGGUAUUAUAAUAAUAAUUAUAUAUGUAGUGGUGUGUGUGUGUGUGUGUGUAUAUAUACAUAUAUAUAGAUAUGUGUAUGUAUGUAUGUGUAUAUAUAUAUAUACAUAUAUAUAGAUAUGUGUAUGUAUGUAUGUGUAUAUAUAUAUAUAUACACACACAAUACCAUUCAAAAGUUUGGGGUCACUUAGAAAUGUCCUUGUUUUCGAAAGAAAAAAAAAAAGAAAGUCCAUUAAAAUAACAUCAAAUUGAUCAGAAAUACAGUGUAGACAUUGUUAAUGUUGUAAAUGGCUAUUGUAGCUGGAAAUGGCUGAUUUUUAAUGGAAUAUCUACAUAGGCGUACAGAGGCCCAUUAUCAGCAACCAUCAGUCCUGUGUUCCAAUGGCACGUUGUGUUUGCUAAUCCAAGUUAGCACAGCUGAAAACUGUUGUGUUGAUUAAAGAAGCAAUAAAACUGGCCUUCUUGAGACUAGUUGAGUAUCUGGAGCAUCAGCAAUUGUGGGUUCGAUUACAGGCUCAAAAUGUCCAGAAACAAAGAACGUUCUUCUGAAACUCGUCAGUCUUGUUCUGAGAAAUGAAGGCUAUUCCAUGCGAGAAAUUGCCAAGAAUCUGACGAUCUCGGACAACGCUGUGUUCUACUCCCUGUCACGCCCUGGCUCUGGGGACACUUGUAUGUUGAGCCAGGGUGUGAGUUUCCUUUGGGUAUUCUAGUUUUUUGUAUAUCUAUGUUGGCCAGGGUGGCUCCCAAUCAGAGACGGCUGUAGCUCGUUGUCUCUGAUUGGGAGUCAUACUUAGGUAGCCGUUAGGCAUUCAUUCAUUGUUGUUUCUUGUUCCGUGUUGGUUCGUGUAUGUAACCAGGGACGUCACGUUUUCGUUUUGUUGUUUUGUUCGUGUGUUCAUUCAAAUUAAAUAAAAUGUUCGCAUUCCACGCUGCGCCUUGGUCCUCCUCUGUUCCCGACGAGCGUGACAGAAGAAACCACCAAGAUUGGACCAAGCAGCGUGUCCAGGAGCCAUCGCCAGGGAGAUCUCUAGCAGAUCUCCUUCGUCUCCUCGACUGGGUCAAGCCGGGUGAGGAAGAGAAGGGCUUGACAUGGAAGCAAAAGGGCGAAAGGCUGGCGAGGGACAUGGAGACCUGGUCCACGGGUAGGAGAGACGGCCAGAAAAUUUUUAGGGGGGGGCUAACGCCGUGGACGACGGGCCAGCAGGAGACCGCGGCAGAGCGGCCCAGCGGGUUGGCAGAGGAGGCCGCCAGGUUACGGGGGCCACUGGUCGAAGAGGGGAUGGAAGGUGUAGAGGCACGGCGAGAGGUACUGGGGUGUGUUACCAGUCCGGUCCGGCCCAUUCCAGAUCCCUGUGUAGGACCAGUGGUGUGUGUCCCCAGUACGGUCCGGCCUGUUCCUGCUCCCCGCACCAGGCCAAUGGUGCGCGUCGUCAGCCCGGCUCGGCCCGUUCCUGCUCCCCGCACCAAGUCAGUGGUGCGCUUCGUCAGCCCGGCUCGGCCCGUUCCUGCUCCCCGCACCAAGUCAGUGGUGCGCUUCGUCAGCUCGGCUCGGCCCGUUCCUGCUCCCCGCACCAAGUCAGUGGUGCGCUUCGUCAGCCCAGUCCGGCCCGCUCCUGCUCCCCGCACAAAGUCAGUGGUGCGCUUCGUCAGCCCGGCUCGGCCCGUUCCUGCUCCCCGCACCAAGUCAGUGGUGCGCUUCGUCAGCCCGGUCCGGCCCGCUCCUGCUCCCCGCACCAAGUCAGGGGUGCGUUUCGUCAGCCCGGCUCGGCCCGUUCCUGCUCCCCACACCAAGCCAGUGGUGUGCGUCGUCAGUCCGGCACAGCCCGUGCCUGUUCCACUGGUGCCUGGUUCAGCACCGGUCAGCUGCUUCACGCCGGACCAGGGGUACUUUGGGGGGUUGGAGAGGGAGUGGGGAUCAGGCCCGGAGCCGGAUCCGCCGCCAAGGUGGAGUGCCCACCCGGUCCCUCCCCUGUGGUGUUUGGUUGGCGCGGCCGGAGUCCGCGCCUUUAGGGGGGGGUACUGUCACGCCCUGGCUCUGGGGACACUUGUAUGUUGAGCCAGGGUGUGAGUUUCCUUUGGGUAUUCUAGUUUUUUGUAUAUCUAUGUUGGCCAGGGUGGCUCCCAAUCAGAGACGGCUGUAGCUAUUUGUCUCUGAUUGGGAGUCAUACUUAGGUAGCCGUUAGGCAUUCAUUCAUUGUGGUUUCUUGUUCCGUGUUGGUUCGUGUAUGUAACCAGGGACGUCACGUUUUCGUUUUGUUGUUUUGUUCGUGUGUUCAUUCAAAUUAAAUAAAAUGUUCGCAUUCCACGCUGCGCCUUGGUCCUCCUCUGUUCCCGACGAGCGUGACACUCCCUUCACAGAACAGCUCAAACUGGCUCUAACCAGAAUAGAAAGAGGAGUGGGAGGCUCCGGUGCACAACUGAGCAAGACGACAAAUACAUUAGAGUGUCUAGUUUGAGAAACAGGUGCCUCACAGGUCCUCAACUGGCAGCUUCAUUAAAUAGUACCCACAAAACACCAGUCUCAACGUCAACAGUGAAGAGGCGACUCCGGGAUGCUGACCUAAAGAGUUGCAAAGAAAAAGUAUUUGCAACUCUGCCUAGAAGGUCAGCAUCCCGGACUUGCCUCUUCACUGUUGACGUUGAAACUGGUGUUUUGCAGGUACUAUUUAAUGAAGCUCUUGCUCAGUUGUGCACCGGGGCCUCCCACUCCUCUUCUUGGUAAUUUCUCGCAUGGAAUAACCUUCAUUUCUCAGAACAAGAAUAGACUGACGAGUUUCAGAAGAAUCUGAGCAGAUAAUAUAGCCCUAAACUCUUCAGAAUUCAUCAUGCUGCUUUUGUCAGCGGUCACAUCAUCAAUAAAUACAAUGGAACCAGUUCCAUUGGCAGCCAUACAGUGGGGAAAAAAAGUAUUUAGCCAUCCACCAAUUGUGCAAGUUCUCCCACUUAAAAAGAUGAGAGAGGCCUGUAAUUUUCAUCAUAGGUACACGUCAACUAUGACAGACAAAAUGAGAGAAAAAAAUCCAGAAAAUCACAUUGUAGGAUUUUUAAUGAAUUUAUUUGCAAAUUAUGGUGGAAAAUAAGUAUUUGGUCAAUAACAAAAGUUUCUCAAUACUUUGUUAUAUACCCUUUGUUGGCAAUGACACAGGUCAAACGUUUUCUGUAAGUCUUCACAAGGUUUUCACACACUGUUGCUGGUAUUUUGGCCCAUUCCUCCAUGCAGAUCUCCUCUAGAUCAGUGAUGUUUUGGGGCUGUCGCUGGGCAACACGGACUUUCAACUCCCUCCAAAGAUUUUCUAUGGGGUUGAGAUCUGGAGACUGGCUAGGCCACUCCAGGACCUUGAAAUGCUUCUUACGAAGCCACUCCUUUGUUGCCCGGGCGGUGUGUUUGGGAUCAUUGUCAUGCUGAAAGACCCAGCAACGUUUCAUCUUCAAUGCCCUUGCUGAUGGAAGGAGGUUUUCACUCAAAAUCUCACGAUACAUGGCCCCAUUCAUUCUUUCCUUUACACGGAUCAGUCAUCCUGGUCCCUUUGCAGAAAAACAGCCCCAAAGCAUGAUGUUUCCACCCCCAUGCUUCACAGUAGGUAUGGUGUUCUUUGGAUGCAACUCAGCAUUCUUUGUCCUCCAAACACGACGAGUUGAGUUUUUACCAAAAAGUUAUAUUUUGGUUUCAUCUGACCAGAUGACAUUCUCCCAAUCCUCUUCUGGAUCAUCCAAAUGCACUCUAGCAAACUUCAGACGGGACAUGUACUGGCUUAAGCAGGGGGACACGUCUGGCACUGCAGGAUUUGAGUCCCUGGCGGCGUAGUGUGUUACUGAUGGUAGGCUUUGUUACUUUGGUCCCAGCUCUCUGCAGGUCAUUCACUAGGUCCCCCCGUGUGGUUCUGGGAUUUUUGCUCACCGUUCUUGUGAUCAUUUUGACCCCACGGGGUGAGAUCUUGCGUGGAGCCCCAGAUCGAGGGAGAUUAUCAGUGGUCUUGUAUGUCUUCCAUUUCCUAAUAAUUGCUCCCACAGUUGAUUUCUUCAAACCAAGCUGCUUACCUAUUGCAGAUUCAGUCUUCCCAGCCUGGUGCAGGUCUACAAUUUUGUUUCUGGUGUCCUUUGACAGCUCUUUGGUCUUGGCCAUAGUGGAGUUUGGAGUGUGACUGUUUGAGGUUGUGGACAGGUGUCUUUUAUACUGAUAUCAAGUUCAAACAGGUGCCAUUAAUACAGGUAACGAGUGGAGGACAGAGGAGCCUCUUAAAGAAGAAGUUACAGGUCUGUGAGAGCCAGAAAUCUUGCUUGUUUGUAGGUGACCAAAUACUUAUUUUCCACCAUAAUUUGCAAAUAAAUUCAUUAAAAAUCCUACAAUGUGAUUUUCUGGAUUCUUUUUUCUCAAUUUGUCUGUCAUAGUUGACGUGUACCUAUAAUGAAAAUUGCAGGCCUCUCUCAUCUUUUUAAGUGGGAGAACUUGCACAAUUGGUGGCUGACUAAAUACUUUUUUCCCCCACUGUACAUGCCCACGCCAUAACACUACCUCCACCAUGCUUCACAGAUGAGGUGGUAUGCUUCAAAGUUUCUUCCCUUUUCCAAACUUAUCUUCCCAUCAUUCUGGUACAAGUUGAUCUUUGUCUCAUCUGUCCAUAGAUGUUGUUCCAGAACUGUACAGGCUUUUUAAAAAUGUUUUUGGGCAAACUCUAAUCUGGUCUUCCUGUUUUUGAGGCUUACCAAUGGUUUACAUCUUGUGGUAAACCCUCCAUAUUUACUCUGGUGAAGUCUUCUCUUGAUUGUUGACUUUGACACAGAUACGCCUACCUCCUGAAGGGUGUUCUUGAUCUGGCCAAUUGUUGUGAAGGGGUUUUCACCAGGGAAAUAAUUAUUCUGUCAUCCACCACAGUUUUUUUUCCGUGGUCUUCCGUGCCUUUUGGUGUUCCUGAGCUCACCAGUGUGUUCUUUAUUUUUAAGAAUGUACCAAAUAGUUGAUUUGGCCACACCUAAUGUUUUUGCUAUCUCUCUGAUGGGUUUGUUUUGAUUUUUCAGCCUAAUGAUGGCUUGCAUCACUGGCAGUGACAGCUCUUUGGACUUCAUAUUGAGGAUUAACAGCAACAGAUUCCAAAUGCAAAUGCCACACUUGAAAUUAACUCUAGACCUUUUAUCUGCUUACUUGUAAAUUAACUAAUGAAGGAAUAACACACACCUGGCCAUGGUACAGCUGAGCAGCCAAUUGUCCAAUUACUUUUGGUCCCUUAAAAAGGGGAUACCACAUAUAAAAAGUGCUGUAAUUCCUACACCGUUCACCCAAUUUGGAUGUAAAUACACUCAAAUUAAAGCUGAAAGUCUGCACUUUCAGCUCAUUUUCAUUAUUUAAUUUAAAUUCCAAUAUGCUGUGGUAGACAGCUAAAAUAAUAAUAACUUGGUCAAUGUCCAAAUAUUUAUGGAUCUGACUAUAUUUAUGGACCUGACUGCCUUGCAAAAGUAUUCAUUCUGUUUAAAGGCACCGUCAGCUGUGCUAACAUAAUUGCAAAAGGGUUUUCUAAUGAUAAAUUAGCCUUUUAAAAUGAUAAACUUGGAUUAGCAAACACAACGUGCCAUUGGAACACAGGACUGAUGGUUGCUGAUAAUGGGCCUCUGUACGCCUAUGUAGAUAUUCCAUUAAAAAUUAGCUGUUUCCAGCUACAAUAGCCAUUUACAACAUUAACAAUGUCUACACUGUAUUUCUGAUCAAUUUGAUGUUAUUUUAAUGGACAAAAAAAUUGCUUUUCUUUCGAAAACAAGGAAAUUUCUAAGUGACCCCAAACUUUUGAAUGGUAGUGUAUAUAUAUAUAUGUGGUCCUCUGUAGCUCAGCUGGUAGAGCACGGCGCUUGUAACGCCAAGGUAGUGGGUUCGAUCCCCGGGACCACCCAUACACAAAAAUGUAUGCACGCAUGACUGUAAGUCGCUUUGGAUAAAAGCGUCUGCUAAAUGGCAUAUUAUUUUAUUAUUAUAUAUAUAUAUAUAUAUAUAUAUAUAUAUAUAUAUAUAUAUACAUACAUAUAUACAUACAUACACAUAUCUAUAGCUGUUUAAAGGCACCGUCAACUUAGUGUAUGUAAACUUCUGACCCACUGGAAUUGUGAUACAGUGAAUUAUAAGUGAAAUAAUCUGUCUGUAAACAAUUGUUGUAAAAAUGACUUGUGUCAUGAACAAAGUAGAUGUCCUAACCGACUUACCAAAAUUAUAGUUUGUUAACAAGAAAUGUGUGGAGUGGUUGAAAACGAGUUUUAAUGACUCCAACCUAAGUGUAUGUAAACUUCCUACUUCAACUGUAUAUAUAUAUAGAUAUAUAUAUAUAUUUUUUACAUAUUUUUUUUUUUUAAUGUACUUUACUCAAACCAGUGAAUAUCACUUAUUAUAAAUGAGAUCAUUAACUAUCAGCUCUUGGAAUAUCCAGGGCCUAUACUCUUCACAUUUUGGUUCUAAAACAACAAAUCCUGAAUUUCUUAAAAACAUCAAGGGACACGACAUCAUAAUCCUACUGGAAACAUGGUGUCAUUGAGACAUUGAUACUCAGUGUCCCUCAGGCUAUAGAGAAAGUUUACUACCAUCAAUCAAACAUACAAAUGUUAAACAGGGCCGGGACUCAGGUGGAAUCAUCAUUUGGCAUAAGCAGAACUUAGCACUGAAUUAAAUCAAAAAAAGGUACUAACCGCAUUUGGCUAAAACUUAACAAAGGUACAAUCUAUUGUGACAAUGAUGUAUACAUAUGUGCAGUUUAUGCUCCUCCUUCAGAUUCAUCAUAUUAUGAUGAUCAGUUUUUUGAUAAUCUUCAUACAGAAAUCCUUCAAUUUCAGGCAGAGGGUAAAGUGCUUCUUUGUGGAGAUUUCAAUCCGAGAACAGGUUCUGAGCCUGACUACACUGAUGCAGGAGGUAACCACCACAUAUUUGGACACCCCUCCUUGUACAGUAGCCCUAUUAUAAAUAAUAGAAACAGUCCUGACCAAAUACUGAACAAAAACGGGAAGGAGUUAGUGCAUCUCUGUCGAGCCUUAGGCCUGUACAUGCUUAAUGGUAGAAUCAGAGGGGACUCUUUAGGUCGGUUUACUUACUGCUCAGCUCUUGGGACAAGUGUAGUCGAUUAUGCCAUCACUGACAUCGACCCCUCCUCCAUUAGUGCAUUCACUGUCAGACCACAGACACCAUUGUCAGAUCACAGUCAGAUCUACGUGUCUCUGAAGAAAUUAACCAGCAAUACUCAUUCAAAAAAACAGCCCAAUAAACUCUACAACAUGAACCAAUCGUACAGAUGGGCUCAAAACAGUGCAGAGAAAUUCAUUGAAACAUUGAACUCAAAUGAAAUGAUGAACUCUAUACAGGUCUUCAAUAACUCACAAUACCAAAACAAUAAAGAAGGUGUCAAUUCGGCUACUCAAAACAUAAAUUGCAUAUUCCAAAAAGCAGCAUCAAAAGCAAAUUUGAGAAAACCAAAGAAAUGCAACAUCAGAAAAAAUAAAAUUAAAAACUUUUCUGAAAAAUUGUUUGAGAAAAUUUUUUAAACAAUUAGAAAACACCUAAGACAAAUGUCAAAUGAAAAACAUUUAGAAAACACCUAAGACAAAUGUCAAAUGAAAAACAAUUAGAAAACACCUAAGACAAAUGUCAAAUGAAAAACAAUUAGAAAACACUUAAGACAAAUGUAAAAUGAAAAACAAUUAGAAAACACCUAAGACAAAUGUCAAAUGAAAAACAUUUAGAAAACACCUAAGACAAAUGUCAAAUGAAAAACAAUUAGAAAACACCUAAGACAAAUGUCAAAUGAAAAACAAUUAGAAAACACUUAAGACAAAUGUCAAAUGAAAAACAUUUAGAAAACACCUAAGACAAAUGUCAAAUGAAAAACAAUUAGAAAACACUUAAGACAAAUGUAAAAUGAAAAACAAUUAGAAAACACCUAAGACAAAUGUCAAAUGAAAAACAUUUAGAAAACACCUAAGACAAAUGUCAAAUGAAAAACAAUUAGAAAACACUUAAAACAAAUGUCAAAUGAAAAACAAUUAGAAAACACCUAAGACAAAUGUCAAAUGAAAAACAUAAGCAACAUAAGCAACAAAACAACCCAGAGCUACGCUAUGAAUACUUUGAAACUCAGAAACAGUAUAAACAUACACUGAAACGCAAUAAAUGUAAUUAUACCAUUAAGACACUUGAUGAAAUUGAAAACGCAAUUGACCAAAAUCAAUUUUGGGACAUGUGGAACAAUUUAAGCACGACAAAGCCACAAGAAUUAGCCAUACAAGAUGAAGGAAUUUGGAAAACUUAUUUUGAUAAUCUAUACAAAAACAUCCCACAAAAGACCAAUUAGAAAUUCAAGAGAAAUUGAACAUCCUUAAAUUAGUCAUUAAAAAUGACCAAAAUCCAUUAGAUUACCCAAUAUCCCAACAAGAACUAAAUGAAAAGCUAAAAUCUAUAAAACCAAAGAAGGCUUGUGGUCUAGAUAACAUCAGAAAUGAAAUGCUGAAAAACAGCACACCUGAGUUGCAAAAUGCUGUGCUUAAAUUGUUCAACAUGGUACUAACUUCUGGCUGCUUUCCUGAUGUCUGGAACCAGGGGCUCAUCUCCCCUAUCCACAAAAGUGGAGACAAAUCAGACUCCAAUAAUUACAGGGGAAUAUGCGUAAACAGCAACUUGGGAAAGGUUUUCUGUAACAAUUCAAGAAUUCAAACCUUUCUACAAGAAAACAAUGUAAUAAGUAAAUGUCAAAUUGGCUUUCCCCAACCAUUGCACUACUGACCAUAUAUACACCUUACACACACUAAUUAAUAAACACGUCCACCAAAAAAAAGAGGGCAAAAUCUUUGCUUGCUUUAUUGACUUUAAAAAAGCAUUCGAUUCUGUUUGGUACGAAAAGCUAUUCUUCAAAAUUCUCCAAAGUAUGUACACAGAAAACAAGUGUGCAAUAAAAAUCAAAAACCAAAGAACAUAAUUAUUUUCACAAUAUCGAGGUGUGAGACAAGGCUGCAGUUUGAGUCCAAAUCUUUUCAACAUUUAUAUCAAUGAAUUACCAGACAUGUUGGACCAUUCUGCAGCCCCAGGACUCACACUAUUUGACACAGAGGUAAAAUACCUGCUAUAUGCUGAUGAUUUGGUUCUUCUAUCACCAACCAAAGAAGGUCUUCAACAGAACCUUAACAUUCUAGAGCAAUAUUGCCAUAAUUGGGCCUUGGCAGUAAAUUUCAAAAAAACGAAUAUCAUGAUUUUCCAGAAGAAAAAAACAAAUGUCAGAAACACAUAUAAAUUCACCCUGAACAACACCAUAAUUGAACACACUAAAAAUGACUCAUACCUUGGUCCUAUCUGCAUCGGGAAACUUUAAUAUGGCAGUGAAUGCACUCAAAGAAAAAGCCUGCAGAGCAUUGUAUGCAAUAAAAAUGAAAUUAUUCAAAAUCAACAUCCCAAUUAGAAUUUGGACCAAAAUAUUUGACAGCGUAAUCCUACCAAUAGCUCUUUACGGAGGUGAGGUUUGGGUUGGACAAACAUCCAAUUGAAACCCUACAUGCAGACUGUCGGAAAAUUAUACAAGUCCAAAGAAAUACACCAAAUAAUGCAUAUAGGGCAGAAUUGGGCCGCUUUCCAGUGGUAAUGAAAGUACAAAAAAUAUAAUUUCAAUUUUUGGCUACACCUAAAUUCAAGUCCAAAUUCAAGUCUCCAAUUUAAGCACUUCAAACCCAAGAGCUGAGCCCAGAAACAAGCCCUCUCAGUCAGCUGGUGUUGGACCUAACCAACCAAGUUGACACCGGCACUGUUUCAAAAGAAAUCAUUAAAAUAAACAAAAUCAUGAACCAAUCAAAGGACGCAUAUUUACAACAUUGGAAAAACAAAACAACAUCCCAAAGCCAACUAAAAUGCUAUCUGGCUCUGAACAGAGAAUAUGAAUUGGCUGAUUAUCUCUACUCUGUCAGAGAUAUGAAGCAGAGACAGUCCUUACCAAGUACAGGCUGAGUGACCACCAAUUGGCAAUAGAAACCAGAAUAAUAAUAAUAAUAAUAAUAUGCCAUUUAGCAGACGCUUUUAUCCAAAGCGACUUACAGUCAUGCGUGCAUAAAUUUUUUGUGUAUGGGUGGUCCCGGGGAUCGAACCCACUACCUUGGCGUUACAAGCGCCGUGCUCUACCAGCUGAGCUACAGAGGACCAGAAGACAUAAAAAAAACAUGGCUACACAAAGAGGAGCGUGUAUGUGGUCACUGCACAACAGGGGAGGUAGAAACAGAGAUGCACUUUCUCCUUUACUGUGAUACAUAUUCCUCACCAAGAGAUUCAUUAUUGACAGAAAUUACUACAUUUAUUUUAAAAAUGUACUUAAACCCAGAGGAAAAACAAAAAAUAGUCAUGGGUGAAGGUGCAAUGGCUCCUCUUGCAGCCAAAUAUGUAUUUGCCUGCCAUAGCCUGAGGGACACUGAAUAAUAACAUCUGCAUAGUAAGCAGUAACUUACUUAUUAUUAUUAUUGUUAUAGUUAUUAUUAUUAUUAUUGUUAUUACUAUUAUUGUUAUUAUUGUUGUGAUUAUUUUUCUAAAUAGUAAUGGUACGGGUAGUAGGGGUGAUGGUAAUGAUAGCAGUUUAAUGAUGGUGGUGGUAGUAGUAGUAGUAGUAAUGAUGAUGGGAGAGAGAGAGAGAGAGAGAGAGAGAGGAGAGAGAGAGAGAGAGAGAGGAGAGAGAGAGAGAGAGAGAGAGAGAGAGAGAGAGAGAGAGAUUGUGUGUGUGUCUGGCCGCAGUGUGUUCUGUGAUCUGAAAAGCAGAGCCAAAGUGAGUGGAAACAUCAGUGUGUUUUAGGCCACCGGGGAUCAAGUUUUCCACUGAAAAAUCUUUGUGUGUCUAAAUGUGUUUUUGUAUGUGAAUGUGUGUUGGAGCUAUCACCUGUUCGUUCUGUAGUCUGUGCAGCCUGUCUCUCUCCCCUUUGAUGUUUUCUACAGGAGAUUCCUUUAGUGUGAAAUAGUCAAUGAAAGAGCAGCAUUUAACAACUGUUAUUACUGCUUCUUUACAGUAGGCCCUCUCUCUAUCUCUCUCUACCCUACCCAUCUCUCUGUUUGUCUACCUUUCUUUCUCCUUCUGUCUCUCUUUCUCUCUUUCUCUUUUUCUUCACUCUCUGUAUCUCUUUCUAUUUAUUUUUCUCUUCCUCCCUUUCCACCUUCCUCUCGUCUCUUUCGGAGUGAGUGAUGAUAUGAGAGGUAUAAAGAAAGGAUGGAAACCAGAAGAAAUUACACAUUAGUCCUGAGACACACCCACGAUAGGAGAGGAAGGAAGGGAGUAGAGUAUGAGUAUAGAUAUGUCUUUCCUGCUCUCUUAUCUCUCUUCUGCUUCGUCAGAGUGCCGUUGCGAGGGCUUCAUGACGAGGAGAGCUGCCAUACGCUCCUUGCUAGCAGAGAUGAGUCAGCGAGGUAGUCCAGUACUCGUAGCAUUGCGUUGGACAUGUCGGUCUCUAGGUCUGCUCAUUCUCAUAGAGUAUCGAGAUGUGACGUAGUGGGCGGCUGGAUUCUAUUUACACACAUUCUUCGUAUAUUCUACUUCGCUUUCUCUCUUACUCACCAUACCUUACCUGUCUCGUUUACUUUCCUUCCUUUCUUCUUUCUUGCAACUAUUCCCAUGUCUUCACUGUAUUCCAUCUACUACUUUACCUCCCUCCUCUUCUUUCCUGUCUAUUCUUCGUCCUUUCUAUCUCAAUUCCUUCCUAUCCUCUGCUCUUCGGUCCUUGACUGAUGCGUCAGCACAGUGCCUCCUCCCCCCCCCAUUUUAUCAACGAACCACGGCCUCGUGAGCUGACCGGAUGACGAUGAGAGGAGUAUCUAGUCUUGUUAUAUAGCACAGACAGACAGACAUCAGACAGUGUGUGCUUUCAUUUCCUUCCGGUGUUGGGGGUGUCUGUCUGAGUGUAGAACAUAUGUCAGAGCCCAGGGUGGAGAGAACACACUGUAUUACCCAUGUGACAACUACCCAUUUAAUCAACACACAGCACGACCAGAACAUUUUUUUACGGAGGCUGAUCCUAUUUACUGUGGUCACUAAACAUGCUAAAAUGCGUCGCUCCGCUAUGAAAACCUGAAGGAAAGAGGGAGAAAGGAUGAGAAAGUGAGAGAUGAGAGGCAGCGAUAAGGACUGAAUGCGGAGAGAGGAGAGAGAAGAGGAGGAAGGAAAGGUAGCGAGAGUACUGCACGCUAUUCUGAUCCACUUCUGUUGGAAUGUUUUCUGUUUAUGGAAGUCUGAGGCACUCAUGGAAAUUUGGGGCCCCCAAUCCUUGACUAUCUCCUCCGUGGAGAGGACACUGAUCAGUGCGCUAGAUCUGAGGAGGGGGUCUGUGUCUUCGAGGAGAAUCAUGGAGGAGAGGAGCGGUAGUUUGUAAGGAUGAUUAGGGAGUGAGGGGGAGGACUACUGGAGUAGAGUAGUAUCCUACGACUGAUGGCUGUGGAGUUCGGAGCUGUAUGAGAGAGAGAGGCGGUGGCGACGCUAGAAGAGCUCUCCUGGAGGUGCUCGUAGGGAUGAUGUAUGAGGCGGAGAGGAGGAGUCUGAGGGUGGGGGCCUAGAGAGAAGAGCUGAGAGCCGAGGUGACUGAGGGGGGAGGAGAAGGAUAUGAUGAGGUAGGAGGUGAGACGAGAGAGGAGAGAGGAAGGAGAGGAGAGGUAGUGGGAGUCCUGGAGAGGGGGAGAGGGGGCGAGGGGAAGACAAACAUGUCUGAGCCCAGUGUAAGUAACAUCUACGUCUUCUCCUCUACACACCAUGACAAAACACAGUGGUGUGUUCAUUUUUCCUUCAGGGUUGGGUUGUCUGUUGAGUGUAGAACAUUGUCACACCCCAGCUGAAGCACAUGUAAUUACCCAUUGAAAACCCAUUUAAAACACACCACCAAAUUUUUACGGAGUGAUCCUAAUUUACUGUGGUCAGCUAAACUAUGUAAGGUCGCUGCUAUGAAAACCUCGAAAGGAAAGAGGGAGAGAAGGGGAAGAGGAGACGGAGAGGAGACCGGUCAGAGGAGGGAGGACAGGAAGGAGCAUAUGAGCCUGAGGGAAUAGUUAGGGUAAGGACGGAGGGCGGAGACAGAAGGAAGCUAUAAUGUGAUCUGGUGGAGGUUUCUGUUUUGCGGAGUUUAGGGGCCACUAUGGAAAAUCAGAUCAAUAGGCCUGAGGCUUUUGUUUUUGUUUGGCCAACCUGAUGCAAACAAAGCACCAUUCACAGAUGAAGUUGCCAGAACUGAUCCAAGGGUUGUUACGGAUUUUUUUCUAAGGUUAAGGUCAGAAUAUGCGGACGAGUAGAGUGAUCCUGAUUGUGCUUAGACAAUAUAACCAAAGAGAUCACCAGACCAUGUCAUGGAGAGGGCCUGUAAUCUUUCCCUUAUGAAGAUAUAAAUAAGUCAAAUGGUAUAGAAGUCAUUAGCUUGGGCUCUCAAAUCCAACUCUGACCCUUUAAGCUCAACCUAAACAUUAUCGCAUGACCCAGGGCAGGCAGGCAAUUGGAAUUCUCUCUGCCGUACACAUCACUCCCAUCACCGAGCCUGGGUUUGGAUUCCACCUCACACACCCAGAGCAUAUGAAAUGGCCAUUACCCAGUCCAGCUCUAACCUAGGACAUGUACUGGAGGUGAGACCAUAAAUAAUCUUGAUUUUAAAAGUACUACUGCGGUGAAGACCAGUUCAAGGAAAGGGCUAUUGGCUUGGCUUGCGUCCUCUACUGUGUUUCACAUCAUGUCAAGGCACCACACAAAGAUAAGCUGUCAUACUGAAGAGCUGUAGCAGUGCUCACAGUCUUCACUCCCUCUUCUCAGUAUCAGCAGAAGCGCUAG